CGUCAGCCUUGCAGACUAACGAUCGGGUCCGUUGAGGACCUCGCGACAAUCUCCUUUGCGCCCUCCACAUCUUUCUACACUCUACCAUGAGCUGAGACCCCAGUGAUUUAAUUUCUGUCUUCACCAUGUCUGUCAUUCUCUGCACAGCUGGAUACGACCAUACCAUCAGGUUCUGGGAAGCCCUGUCCGGAAUCUGCUCGCGCACCAUCCAGCACCCGGAUUCCCAGGUCAAUCGUCUAUGCAUCUCGCCCGACAAGCGCUAUCUCGCCGCGGCGGGACACCACACCGUCAAGCUCUACGACAUUAAGUCGACGAACCCAAACCCGCUGCUGACUUUCGAGGGCCACACGGGCAACAUCACCGGCGUUGCCUUCCACUGCGAGGGCAAGUGGAUGGUUACAAGCUCCGAGGAUGGCACCGUCAAGAUCUGGGAGACGCGAACCGGAACGAUCCAGCGUAGUUACAACCACGGCUGCCCGGCGAACGAUGUCGUGAUCCAUCCCAACCAAGGCGAAAUCAUCAGCUGCGACAGAUCAGGAAGCGUCAGAGUGUGGGAUUUGGCAGAGAACAACUGCUCGCACGAGCUCAUCCCUGAGGAAGACGUCUCGGUGUCGAGCGUGACGGUGGCGAGCGACGGCUCCCUGCUCUGCGCUGCAAACAACGCGGGCAAUGUCUUUGUGUGGAACCUUAUCCAGAGCUUCGACCGCACCCAACUCGUCCCUGUGACGCACUUCAGCGCCCACAAGGAGUACAUCACGCGCAUCCUCCUCUCCCCGGACGUCAAGAAGCUCGCAACCUGUAGCGCUGACCACACGGCCAAGAUCUGGGAGGUCAAGAACGUCGAGCCCGCCCCAGACGAGGAGCCGCGGCCGUAUCCGCUCGAGGCAACCUUGACGGGCCACCAGCGCUGGGUCUGGGACUGCGCCUUCAGCGCCGACUCGGCGUACCUGGUAACAGCCUGCUCGGAUCACUAUGCGCGGCUGUGGGAGCUCCACAGCCAGCAGAUCAUCCGCCAGUACAACGGGCACCACCGAGGAGCAGUUUGCGUGGCGCUCAAUGAUUAUUCGGAGACACGAUAAUUACAUGAAGGACUGGUGUCAAAUAGUCGUGCUCUUGAUAUGAAGGACGCGAUGGAAAGGUGACGAACAUGACGUGGCGUGGCGUUCGUUGGAUCUGGAUCAAUUGCUUUAGGGACUGAACUUGGGAUACGUUGCUCGAACGUCGAACUCGGCUCACGAAUCGUAAACUGUAUAUAUACUAUUUUCACAAUAAACUGCUGAGGCAUCUUAACCACG